AGAAGAAGAAGAAGAAGAAGAAGAAGCGCCAUAGCAACGGUUAAACAAAGAUGGCGGUCUCAGCCGCUGUGUUGUGGUCCCUGGUCUUCAGUUGCUUCUUCUCGUUUAAUGCCGUGACUGCAGACGAAAAUGUAACGACUCGCGAAUUCAAUGCUACUGCGUCCGGUGCCUACGCUGUCACAAACAACGGCACAGACACGUACACGCCACAGGAAGUCACAGAGCCGACGGCGGGCCACCGCAGCACGGAGGAGCCCGUUGGAGCGAGCACCGCCGCGCGGCCCCUGCCCGCGUCCGGCCGCCUGCUCGUCCCUGCUACGGACGUUGCCAGGCUGUGUCCCUGCGACGAGCACCGAAGUGUGUGUGACACCAACUGCUGCUGCGACACCGCGUGUGCCGAGGAGGCGUCUCUGUUCACCGGCUGCUCCGUGCACUCCGUCAGUGGCAACAAGCAGAUGUGUAGCCGUGAUGUAGCAUUGUACUCUUUAGGGAGCACCAUAGACGGCUACUCAAAGCUUCAACUGGCUGUCAAGAAGGAGACCAAUUCUGAUAUCUUCUGCAUUCAGUCACAAAAUCGUAUUGAUGGAUUGUCUCAUCUGUCACCUGCCCUUCCAACUGACAGUAACUUUGACUCGCUGUUUAAACAAUUUACCAGCUUUCUUUUUGGCAUGGAGGAAAACAGUGGCCAGACGGCCACUGCAGAGCCUGUGGCUUCCUCUGGAUACCAGUACGGGGAUGUGAUGGUGACAGCAGGCGAAGGUGGAGAGAGAGGGGUGUUCUGGCUUCCAGCUCCUAGUGUCACUGCUGAUUGUGUGGACACAAGUCCUGCAGCCUUCCUUAAAGAGGAGAGGAGAGGGUGUUCCCGGCAAAUGGUCCUGGAUCAGGACUGCAGCACCCUGCCGGCCCUCAACAUGAAAACCUACACUGAAAUCCAGCUCUUUGCUGAAAAGACUAAAGAUGCAGCAGUUGUUCCUGUGGAGGUAGCUUCAGUCAUCCUGCAGUCUGUAGAUGGGACUCAGACAGAGUGGAAGAUGAGUGAAGGAGAAAUUCUCAGUCCAGUUCUCCUGAACCCAGAUCUCUGUGCUAAUGUGGUGCUGGAGGUUGUGUACGUCAUGAAGUACAACCCAGCUGGUGAGAUAGUGAAUGUGAACGCAUCUCUAGUGCUUGGAUUUGUCCGUGGGGCAGCACUGCCCCUGAAACAGGAGUUUCAUAUCACCUUUGUCCAGCAGGGUGUCGAGGACGUGGCUGUGCACUACAGUGGAAAUCCAGGUUAUGUGGUUGGACUGCCCCUUGUGUCUGGAACACAAACACCAGAAGGGAUUGUCAGGAGCAUCAACCCCAGAGAAACACUGUCUCUUCUGGACACCACCAAGGACCAAGACUGUCUGCGUGGUCCACAUCAGCGUGUCCCUGUCCUGUUUGGUCUGGAUUCUGUGUCUGGCUGCACAUUAAGACUGGAGGAAGUUGUCAACUGCACCUUGGUCUCCCAGGAGCUCCUGGAUAUUCUGAGGGGACCAAAGUAUCCUCAGCAUAUAGCUUCUUUUGGAAACUCCCCGUUAAACAAUCCACAGGAUUGGGUGCAAAUCAAGACCGGCUUCAGUCCAGGGGAAGUUCAGAGUUGCAGCAUCCCAUUGUCACUUCAUUUAGAAGUUGAAUGGACCAAAUAUGGAUCAUUGGUGAACUCCCAGCCUCAGAUUGUGAGCAUCACAGAAAUUAUCCAAACAAACACCACUAGCUUGGCCCUGUUAUCUGGCGGCAGCAGCAUCCUGUCGAUCAGAACGUCAGUGGCCUUCGUACCAGUGUCUGCUGCUGCGCUUCCUGGUUACAGAGCAACUCCCACCAUCAAUGCUAAACUACCCUAUGAUUUCUUCUUUCCUUUUGUCUGAUCCCACAGCUACCCCACAGUUCAUACAGGCUCCAAUCACCAGUGUAUGGGAAGACUUUCCCUACACACUGGUGCAGGACAUUUAUGACAGCAAGAACUGUUUGUGUGAUCAAUUUAUUACUGUACACUGUGAAUAAUGUACAUAGGAUUUUUGUAAGAUUAUUCAACAUUUUUUUAAUAAAUGAAAUACAUUUCUGAUUAA